CAGGUGGUGUGGUGUGGCGAAUCAGAGCCUCUGACACUCGGCUGGUGUGCGCUGCUGGCAGUAGGAAUGGGACGGAGGAAACCAAACUGCUGGUGUUGGACUUUGACCUGGAUGACAAGAAGAAAGAGACAGAGUAAUGGGAUGAGAGCGUGAUGUCAUCAAGUCGAGACAAAGGACUGGAGUUUAUUCGUUCAAGAAAAAGCUUUGUUAACUUUCACACUCUUUUUUUUUUUUAGACCAAAGUCGUGGCUGGAUCCAUUUUUUUCCGACAUUUCAGUCAGACAAGUAUGAAUGUUAUAACAUGUCUUGAUUGGCUAGUAGAGACAGGUGGAUGAAAUAUUGGAACCAAUAUUGAUGGUUCCAAAAAUUGGCUCGAAGAACUUGAUUUGACAACCUCAACUUGGCAAGAGCUGCAGUGACAAAUGAAUGUUUGAUGCUUUGAUGGACUAAAACACAGAUGUAAAUGGUUUCUACGACGAAGAGCAAAUGUUUGACAAACAGAAAAUAUGGCUUGUUGGAGAAGUUUGGACGCAUCUUAAGACAAGACGAUGGAUCCAAAAUGAUCAGAGGUCGAAAUAACGAUGAUGGUUGAAUGUAACCAAUGGGGGGGUCGAGGGCAUUGACUUUUACUGCUGCUAAACCAAUGAGGACGUCGCUGUUUAAACCAACCAAUCCAAAUGUACCAAAUCUUGAUGGCUGGAGACUCACAAGCAACUUUUAGAGGCAAUGGCUACAGGCAAUGUUGCUUUGAGUUGAAUGUGAACAUACCUGAUACCAACAGAACCUCAUCUUUCAGUCAGUAUUGUUUUCAUACCAGCAGCCGUUUUGUCACAGUUGGUGUUUUUCCAUUGCCUCUAAACGUCAUAAACUUGAUGUGUCUCCACCCUGCAGUACUGUAACAUAGGUAAAGAGUUUGGAAAACAAACUGCUGGAGCUGUAUGUGAGCCAUUAAUUCAGUGGGUGAAUUUGGGGGAAUAGAAGUUGUUGUUUUUCCAUCCAUAAAAGAUGGAGGACUAAACUACAAACCAGUGUAAUCCAGUCACAAUCAGAGCCUCACAUCUGCAUCGGUCAAAACACUGUAAACCCUAGUCUUAAUUCAAGCUUUACAGUUUUUUAAGUAAAAAACAUUAUUUUAAAAGCAGAGGAUAAUUACUGUACCAGGUUUAAUUCACAGUAAAUCACUUUCAAAGAUACAUAUAGAAAAAAACUCACUGUUCAUAUUAUUUUCUAAUGAUUAUUCUUGCUAUUUAAUUAUUAAUCUGCCAACUAUUUUCUCAUUUAAUCUGUUCUAUCUAUUGAAUGUCAGAAAGCUACAAAAGGUCCAAGCUAUAAUUUCUAAGGCCAGCUAUUUUUUCAGAUUAAUCGUUUAGUGUUUGAAACAUCAGACAACUGUUCAAAGGGUUCGCAGAGCUGAACCUAAUGUCUUCAAAUUAAACUAAAAUCAGCAAAUCUCUUUGUAAGAUACUGAAAUCUACAAAUAUUUGUCAUUUUCUCACAAUUUUUGCUUGAAAAUCAAUGAAAUGAUGAAUCAAUUAGCAAAAUAAUUGGUAAUUAUUAAAAUUAACUGUUACACCUUUACUUUUGUUUUUGAAUUCACAGAAUUUGUUUUUGAAUUCAGUACACUGAAUUUAUAGCAUUUAACUACUUAAAGACAUCAGAAUUUAUGUGGUUUCAAAUCUCCACAGGGAAAUUUUAAGAUUUUUUUUGUUAAAUGUCACAGUUUAGAGAAAAAAAAGUUUUAUUUUGUUGCCUCUUUGCCUCCAUACAACACCUCUGAAUUAUCACUCAGCAGAUUUUGAGCUAAAUCCUUCUCUAAAGGGUCACUUCACAUGUUCCCAAAUUAUGAAAUAUUAAAAAAAGAAAUAACAACUCCUCUCACCAGAUAUUAAUCUGAUAAGAUGUUGUUGCCAGGCAACACCUCUAGCCAGUAAGCAGAGAUUUGGGUGAUAUUUCCCCUGGCAACAGGUGGUAUUUCAGGCGAUAGGAAAGUUGACCUUUGCAGGUGUGAGGCUCUGCAGGCUGAGGCUCUGCAGGGCUGACACUGUCCUCAUCAUGUAAUCAUGUAAAUUACUGUAAAUACGAAAGAGGAUGUAAAUAUUCAGGUUUUUAUAAGAAGAAGAAAACAGAAAAUGUUGUCACAGUGCAAUGAGAGGAAAACAGGAUGGAUGGAUGAAAAUGGAUCAAUAAAGAUGAGUUUUAUAAAACGCUGA